AUGGGUCGAAGGGCUGCUGUGGGAGCUCGCCGCUCACAAUCAGAUGCCGUUGUUCAUGUGCACGCAGCUGAUCCAUUUCCAUCGUCUUUAAAGGAUUUCUUCCGUUCUCUAUCCGGCAAGGAGAACGGCCAGGACAAUCGUCCGGCCAAACGCCGAAAGACCGAUGUUGGCGGCCCCGACUCGGUCACCAUCAUCCGGGAGGAGCUGGUGAUAUCCAGAGCAAACCGCCACACCCCUCUGGAUUCGACGUCUUUCCACGCUCCUGGUGUCCAGUCCCACCUCCGAUUUGGCUUGCCCGACUCAGAUGUUGACGCUAAACCUGCCCACUCUUACAUCUUCACUGUCUCGACAAAGUCAUCCAAGGGUGACCGCUUCAGUGUUGCAUUUCCACUCAAGACGAAAGAUGUAUCGGAUCGAUUCGCAUCAAUCAUUGCGGCACGGGAUGUCCUGUGGUCAGAUCCUGGAACUGAGGAUGCUAUCUGGGUGAACGCAGACGCUCGACUUGAGGAGGGCGACGGCACCACGACACUCACAUUUGACUUCCAGAUUAACUGGAACAUCAGCACCACAGUCUACACGACCACAUUUUCGCCAUAUCAACAGAGAUUUAGAAGAGAGAUCUUGGCUGAAGCUUUCCCUGGAUUUUUCGCGGCCCCAAUAAAAGAUCAAGGGAACUCUUGCUCACCUCAGAUGUUCUACGAAUCAGCACACGUCCCCAACGCAGAUGCAACUCCUCCAGAGGACUUUCUGAUCUCAGGGAUGCAAGCAACACUCUACCCUUUCCAACGCCGAGCUGUGCAAUGGAUGCUUCAACGGGAAGGUGUGCAAUGGUGCCGGGAAUCAGACGGAAAUGAUGGCGUCGUCAAGGAGAUAGGCUUCGAACGCUUCGACUCCCCAAGCGCAUUUGUCAAGACGCGGGAUGCUGAUGGGCAGGUCUGUCACAUCAGCAAGCUUCUCGGGAAAGUCACCAAAGACCCAGCGCAUUAUGAGAACUUGGAACAGAAUUUCAGCGGCGGAAUCCUCUCCGAGGAAAUGGGUUUGGGAAAGACUGUUGAGAUCUUGGCUCUGUGUCUUCUUCACCGCCGACCUGCCGGGUCCGCAGAAGCUUUCGAUUAUUAUCUGGGUGAGAAAGUCAAGACGACGCCAGCUACUCUCAUUGUCUGUCCAUCAUCUCUCAAAAAGCAGUGGCUUUCAGAGCUCAACAAACACGCACCUGGUCUGAAUGUCAUGGCGUAUACUGGCUUAAAUCAGCAGGUACGCGAGGAGCAGAGCAGGGAGCGGGCACUCAUUGAAGAGUUGGCCAGCCAGGAUGUGGUCAUAACCACAUACAACGUGUUGACUUCGGAACUCGACUAUGCACUUGGCGAACCAGACAGGUCGAGACGGAAUCCCAGAAAGUACCACCGCCCUAGGUCUCCGCUGACACAGCUGUCUUGGUGGCGUGUAUGUCUCGAUGAGGCUCAGAUGAUCGAGAGCGGUGUCUCAAAGGCAGCCACUCUGGCGCGACUCCUCCCUCGCAUCCACGCUUGGGGUGUCACGGGGACACCCGUAAAAGACAGCGUCGAGGAUCUUCGAGGCUUGCUGCUAUUCCUGCGAUACGAGCCGUUCGCGUCCAAUGUCAAGGCCUGGAACGCAUUGAUCAACACCAACCAAGAUGGCUUCCGACGACUCUUCAAUCAGUUGUCUUUGCGUCAUUCCAAGCGGCUCGUGAGACACGAGAUCGAUAUACCUGCGCAGAAGCGAUACGUCAUCACGAUGCCUUUCACAGCGGUCGAAGAACAGCACUACCAAAGCCUUUUCCGUGAAGUGGUUGAAGCUUGUGGCUUAAACACCAACGGCGACCCUAUUCAUGAGGAUUGGGAUCCAGAGGACCCUGGUGUGCUGGAAGGAAUGAGAACCGCCCUGGAUCGAUUGCGGCAGACAGCACUACACCCCGAGGUUGGCCACCGGAAUCGGAGAGCCUUGGGCCACAGAAAAGGCCCAAUGCGCACUGUUGCGGAAGUGCUUGACGUCAUGAUUGAGCAGAGCGAAGUUGCCAUACGUGUUGACCAGCGUGCCCUACUCUCAGCCAAGCUGACGAGAGGUCAGCUGUUGGAGAACUCGCCCCGGGUGAAGACUGCCCUUGAGAUUUGGAAAGGAGUCUUGGAAACCAUUGACAACAUCGUCAAGGAUUGUAGAGACAAACUUCAUUUUGAGAUCGAAGCCGCAAAAACUUCGGCUGGAGAUGCCACUGCCGAAGACGAUGCCGACGAUGAGGAAAUCAAUACAGGGCGUGUGGGCGAAGCACGAAGACGUUAUCGGUCGGCGCUGGAAAUUCAACACAAAGCCGUCUUCUUCUGCGCCAACGCCCAAUACCAAAUCAAAUCGAACGAAGAGAUGACCGCCCCCGACUCGGACGAGUUCCGUCGGCUUGAGAAGUUGGAAGUUGAGGGCUAUGAGACGGCAAAGAAGAUACGCAGAGAGAUUCUGGAUGAGAGCCGUCGUAAGGCGGAACGAUUAAUGAAGAAGAUCUCCGAUGCAGCAUCCAAGCAGUCCUUCGCUGUAAUACCUGAAUAUAAGAGUGUCGAUAAGCGUGGAAUCGAGAGCCGAGCAGUAGUUGAGGACCUGGAAGAGCUCGCCGCGGCGCUGAACGAGCAAGCCGACCAGCUCGAUGACUGGCGCGAACAUGUCAUUCAGCUUCUCCUAAAGGCUCUUGUUGAUGAGGAUGAUGAGGUCGAGAUCACCGGUGACGAAUAUGAGGACUCGACGAAACUCAUGGAAGAGAUCGUGGUAUACAUCCAGAUCCUAAGGGCGGCGAUUGCUGAUCGCGAGGAAGCCGUGACUGGCGCGCCCAAUGAAUUGGUCAAGCACGAGGCCAGGGUAUCACUCCAGCAAGCUUUCACGGGCGAAGGUCCAUUCCCUGAGAAAGUGAUCGAACUAUUCGCGGUGCGCGACAGGAUCAAGCCACAGCCUCCGAGAGAAGCCAAAGAACUCCACUCCCUGCGAGCCGUCGUGGCAAAGCUACGCACGAUGACCGUCAAGCUCCGGCACGACGCCGCAAACGGGUCCAACCGUGCCAAGCUCGAGCUGGAGAUCGUCUCGGAACAGCUGAAGACCACGCAGAAGCAGCUCUCAGAGCAGCAAAAGGUCACACAGGCAAUGGCCUCUGAGUUGGAUCUCUUCACCUCCACAAUGAACGCACGGGUGGAGUUCUACCGCCAGCUGCAGAAUGUAUCGGACUCGGUUGCUCCAUACGAGGGGCCAACUGGGGACGCCCAGAUGAACCUACUGCUGGGUCAAGAGGAGACUCUCGCGGAGAAGCUGGAGGCUUCGAAUGCGAAGCACAGAUAUCUUCUUCAUCUCAAAGAUAUGGAUGCCAAGGACGGUGACCAGCGGGUUUGUAUCAUCUGCCGAGAAAACUUCACCCUUGGAGUCUUGACUGUUUGUGGCCACCAAUUUUGCAAGGAAUGUAUCACGCUUUGGUUUAAAGCAAACCGCAACUGUCCAGUCUGCAAGAAGCGUCUGAACAAUUCCAGCCUUCACGACAUCACCCUUAAGCCGCAAGAACUCAAGGUCCACUCGGACUCAACCACAACAUCAUCCAAGAAUUCUGCUGAAAAUGCCAGUAAGAAUAGCCCGACUGCAUCCAAGAAGUCGGUCAUCUACAGCGAAUUCAGUGCCGAGAAGCUAGCUGAAAUCAAGAACAUUGAUCUUGAUGGACCAGCAUUCACCACAAAAGUAGAUAACCUCGUGCGUCAUCUGUUGUGGCUGCGCGAGUCCGACCCGGGAGCCAAGUCGAUUAUCUUCUCGCAGUAUUACGACUUUCUCAACGUUCUCAAGCUGGCCUUCCAGCGAUACCGAAUCGGCUUCACCUCGUUCGAUAAAACAAACGGCGCCACUGAUUUCAAGGAGGAUCCUUCGAUCGAGUGCUUCUUGCUGCACGCUCGUGCACAUUCCAGCGGUCUCAACCUCGUCAACGCCAGCCAUGUCUUCCUCUGCGAGCCGCUCAUCAACACCGCACUAGAGCUGCAGGCCAUCGCGCGAGUGCAUCGCAUCGGACAGGACCAGGAAACCACCGUCUGGCUGUACAUCGUCGACGGCACGGUCGAGGAAUCGAUCUAUAACCUGUCUGUCCGGAGGCGCAUGGCCCACAUCGGCGAAAACACGCGGGACCGCGGAAAGGGCAAGUUAACAGAGGCCACGCCCGAGCCGGGCGACGAGGCGAUCGAGGCGGCUAACUCGAUGGAGCUGGAGCACGCGCGGCUGUCGAAGCUGAUGCGCAAGGGCAAGGCGGCCGGUGAGGCGGUUGACAAGGGUGACCUCUGGGAAUGCCUCUUUGGGCAUAUGGCACACGGCGGGCAGGCGGCGAACGGCAGCGGUGUUAAGGAGCCCGGCCCUGCCAUCCGUGGGUUCCUAGCUGCCGAAGCUGCGGAGCAGAGGAGGGGCGAGGCGAGUGAGGGGCCUUUGCGCCUUGUCAAUGGGCUUUGA